CACUGGGUGUUAUACACAGAUAAUGAAUCAUUGAACACUACAUCAAAAACUAGUAAUGUACUGUAUGGUGACUAACAUAACAUAAUUUUUAAAAAGGCCUGGAAUGAAAUGAUUGGUAGCAUUUUGGUGAUUUUUUGGUAAAAUUUUUGGUUGGUAGCAUUUUGAUGAUUUUUGUUUUCUUCUUUCUACUUUUGCACUUUUUUAAAAUCAUCUACAGUAGCAAUUGACUAAUUUUUAUUUUUUUAGUAAAGAUUUUAUUUAUUUCCUUGAGAGAGAGAGAGAGCACAAGAGAGCACAGAAGGAGAGGGAGCACAGAGGGAGAAGGAGAAGCAGACUCACCACUGAGCAGGGUGCCCGAUGCAGGACUCAAUUCCAGGACCCCAAGAUCAUGACCUGAGCUGAAGGCAGAUGCUUAACCAGCUGAGCCACCCAGGCACCCCCAAUUGACUGAUUUUUAGAUAAAAGAGUAGAUAAAAGCAUUUCUUGACACUCAAAUGUCCUAUUUAGAUUGUUAAAACUACAACAAUAAGUUGUCCUUAUGCUUAUAUAAAUGCAUAUAAACUUUGAAAAGCAGAACUCUGGGUAAUAAUCAUAGUUCAUGAUUCUUAUGUUCGUAUCUAUUCAUUUUCACUUUCUUACUUUGCUUACUAUACUAAUUUUUGUACACAGAAGAAAAGACACCCAAGACAGUCUCCCAAUGACACAGCGAUCUUUAGUACAUUUUUUUUCGACAAUGAAUUCAGAUAUUACACUGCCAUUGUCAUGGUCAUUAUCCUAUGAAAUGCUUCUUGAUUACAAUCCAUCUAGCCCUCAGUUUAGUGGAAUAACUAUAUCAACAAUUGGGCAGAAGACUCCUAAAACUACAGGAGUGGGCCUUUCCAGAUCGGAAAACAGCUUGGGAGUCAACAGCUCCAUAAUGACAAAGAGACAGGCUCUGCUCCUUGCUCCUGAGAUACCAGUAACUGGGGAAGGAGAAGAUUAUUUCCUAUCUUUGUUUGGUGAUUCAAAGAAACUUCUUCCACAUUCAUUCCAUGCUGAGAAAGCCUGGAAGCACUUUUCUAUGAUUCUUGAAGAAGUGGGCCAAUCUAGAUCCAGUGCUCUUGGAGACAUUAAAAUAGCUGAAGUAAAUUUCAAGGGUUUAUUUGUGAAACUCAUUAACUCUUCCCUUGACAAAGAACUGGAGAUUGGAGGUCAUAUUCUCCAGCAAAAUAUGAAUGGACAAACAGUCUCUUUGUACCGCUUCCCUCCGAAUAUCAUAAUGCAGGCCAAUUGCACAAUAACAGUGUGGGCAGCUGCAUCUGAAGCAAAGCAUCAGCCACCAUCAGAUUUUCUUUGGAGAGAACAAAACAAGUUUAGAACAAGCCCAAAUUGUACAACGAUUCUGUGCAAACCUAAUGGUGAAGCUGUUGCCUGGUACACUCCUAUUCACUGGAAGCAAGCGUGGGAGAAAUUAGAGACUGACAUUGAAUUUGACAGACGCUCAGUAGUAAGUACAACAUCUCGAAGGCACGUGUUUAAUUGGCCAGCAGCUAUAACUACAACUAAAGAAAAACAAGAUAAAUGUAAUAAAGAUAUCUCAAAAUAUCAGAUGGAACGAGUCAGAGUUUUUCUCAAAAGAGAAAAAGAAACCCCACCAAACCCUUUGCCCAAUAGCAGCCCUUGGUGCCACAGUCCCAGUGUCCCUGCACAUCCCUACGGUACUCUGAUUGAAACUUGCAAUACGUGCAUGACUGAAAGCAGCUUAGAUAGACAGCCGAGGCCUCAGUCAUCCAGGCCUGAUCCAGCCCAGGGACCAAGAAAAACAUGACAUCUGAGUUACAAAAGCAAAUAGGCAGUCAACUCAACUUCUAAAGGACAAUAAUAUCCAAAUCUAGAGAAUACAAGGAUGCCCAACAUGUCACAGACAGCCUUCCGCAAAGGAGAGGAAGCCAGCAGCAAGCAAGAAAAUGGUUUCUUUUCGAAAAGAUAAUUCUUCCGGACUUUACGGUAAUCUUUUCUUAAAGAAGGAAAUAGAGUUUGUGGUCAAGUUAAACCAUUUGUUUGCUAGGCUGUUAAGAAGAGAAACAUUGGUCAAAAGUAAAACCAUCCCAGUCUUCACAUUAUGCACAUGAUGUUCCCCCAUCACUAAUUUCUGUUAUAACCUGCCUGGCUGUUAGGUCUACCAUCCCACCAUUUCUGCAGAGGCAUUUUCCAAAAGCACAUCUCAGGAAUUCUGAAUCUGUGGUCUGUCUGAUUCUUUACACUUGGAAUCUGGUCUGUCUCAUUAAAGCAUGGAUUAACUGAGCUUCCUAAUGACUGGAAGUAGUAGAUGAGGUUUCCAUGGAGUAACUAGUUGGGAGUUUUUAAACCUGCCUACACUUACCUCAGAUUCAUCCAAAAUCGUGUCUUCUAGCUGCAGUACUAAGUACAAAAUCCCAUGAUGGGAAAUGCCAAGAAUGUUUCAACUAAUCUGAGGGAGCACUUUUUUUUCAUAUUCUUAUUCCUUACUCCUUAACAAUCUUAUUCUAUACCUAUCACAAGUAUAGAAUUUAAAAAAUAAUGAAAUUUGCUCAUUUGUAAUGUUGACUCUCUGUGUAGUCAGAAGGUAUGAUUGUUUCCGUUUCUGAGAAACACAUCCAAUCUAUACCAUGUAAACCUGCUUAACUUAAUUUAACUUACAUUGAUUUAUGUGUAUAUACAUAGCAUAUGAAGAAAGAUGGGGCAUAUACAGUUCUAGAAUGUUAGGAGUGAGAAAAGUAAGGAUUUUUCCCAGUAUCUGUUUAAAAAAAAUAAAGAAAAGCAAAAUAACCCAAAAACCCAUCCAGUGGUGACAUUGAAGUUUGUUUUAUUACAUUCAAACACCAAAAACUAAAAUACUUCAUUUUUUAAAAAGUCAUAUACCAAGGGACUCAAACACAUACUUGUAUACCAAUGUUCAUAGCAGCAUUAUUCAUAAUAGCUGAAAGGUGGAACCAAUGCAAGUGUCCAUCAACAGAUGAAUGGAUUUUUAAAAUGUGGUAUAUACAACAUAAUUAUAUUAUUCAUUCAUUAAAAAAUUAAAUUCUAAUAUAUGCUACAACAUGGGUAAACCUUAAAAAUGUUAACGCUAAAUGAAAUAAGCAGACACAAAAGGACAAAUAUUUUAUGAUUCCAUUUAUCUGAGGUACCUAGAAUAGGCAAAAUUAUACAAGUGGAAAAUAUAAUACAGUUUACAAGGGACUAGAGGAAGAAGGGAAUGGGGAGUUAUUAUUUAAUGGGUAUAGAAUCUAUCUUUUGGGAUAAUGAAAAAGUUCUGGAAAUAGUGAUGAUGGUUGUACGAUACUGUGAGUGUACUCAAUGCCACUGAAUUGUCCACUUAAAAAUAGUUAAAAUGAUUUAAAAAUACCUUUAAUAAAAUCUGAUUAGUAUUUCCAAGGCAAAAAGUAAACAUCAUAUGCCAGUCUAAAGCAUUUCAGAAGACAUACAUUGCUUGACAGAAAAAUUUGUCAUACACUUUUUGGUUUAAUAUAAAAAGGAUUCACAUUUACCCCUGCAUAGUGAUGCAACAUAAAUAUUUUCUUGCCACCAGGCCACACUGAUCACAUUAUUUCCUCAUUCUUUGGACAUUUAGGAAUAGACUUGCACAUUUUUGGAAAACUCAAUAUUACCUUAUACCACUUUGAACCAUUAAGUAUGGUCUUUGAAUCAAUCGUAUGUUGGCUAAAUGUGUAGGCUGUUCUGUUUUUUUCAUGGUUACCAUGGAAACUGUGUAGUCAUGGCAUUAUAAGGAGACUACAAGGGCAUCAGAGAGUACACAAUAAAAGUUAACUUAUUUCAUGGUUUACAAUUUCUUCCAGCUGUCUCCAUUUGUGAUUAUCAUGUUCACAUUGGGAGUAUAAAUAUACAACCAAAAGGGCUCCAGUAACUAUAGCCAAUAAGCGAUCUCACCCAUAACAGACUUCCAACCUCCUUUCCUCAAAGAUUUGGAUAGAAACACAUGAAAGAAGUGGCAUGUAAGCUUCAGGUGUUUUCAAUUAUUUCCCUCAUAUGAGCAAAGAUUUCCUAAUACAAAACAUGUUUCAGUUCAAAUAGUUUUCCUUAAAAGAUUGUGUAGUUUCAGAAGAAUUUCAUCUACAUAUUCCUAAUUCAUUGACACUUCAUCAAUAACAUAAUAUCUCCUCUGAUCUCUUCUUUAAGAUCAUUUCUUCUCUGGGCACCUGGGUGGCUCAGUUGGUUAAGCAACUGCCUUCGGCUCAGGUCAUGAUCCUGGAGUCCCGGGAUCGAGUCCCACAUCGGGCUCCCUGCGCAGCAGGGGGUCUGCUUCUCCCUCUGACCCUCUUCCCUCUCUUGCUAUCUGUCUCUCAUUCUCUCUCUCUCAAAUAAAUAAAUAAAAUCUUUAAAAAAAAAAGAUCAUUUCUUCUCUGGGUGGUCAAAAAUAUGGUACAUUUAAGUAUUGUUUACUUUUGUGAAGUGCACUUUUAGAAAGUGUAUAACCUUUUG